ACGUGGCCUCUGUCCCAUUCCCUAGCAGAGCCAAGAUGGCGGCCCUGGGGAGCCGUUGCUGCAGAAUUUGAAUUAGUCUAGUUUUAGCAACUGCAUUCCAAACCAUGGCAUCUCGGGCUUUGUGUGAUUCACGUCCGAGUCCAGAUGAGCUCGCUGGAGAACCCUGUUCACAAGAAGAUCAGGAUUGUGAUUCUGAAGAUCGGGCCAGCGACUCGGGUUCAUAUUCCUCAGCGAGUAGCAAUUAUGAUGACCUUGAGCCUGAAUGGCUGGACAGUGUGCAGAAAAAUGGAGAGCUAUUUUAUUUGGAACUGAGUGAGGAUGAAGAAGAAAGCCUCCUUCCUGAGACACCAACUGUGAACCAUGUCAGGUUCAGUGAAAAUGAGAUUAUCAUAGAAGAGGAUGAUUACAAAGAGAGAAAAAAACAUGAACCCAAACUCAAGCAGUUUACCAAAAUUUUAAAAAGUAAAAGACUUUUACCUAAGCGCUACAAAAAAAAAAAAAGCAAUGACAACGGGCCAGUGUCCAUUUUAAAGCACCAGUCCCAUCAGAAGAUGGGAGUCAUUGUCCAGCAGCGGUAUAAAGAUGUGACUGUUUAUGUAAACCCCAAAAAGUUAACUGUCACCAAAGCCAAAGAGCACCUCAAACUUCUGGAAGUACUGGUUGGAAUUAUUCACCAGACCAAGUGGAGCUGGAAAAGAACAAAGCAGGGUGACGGAGAAAGGCUUGUGGUCCAUGGCCUGCUGCCAGGAGGAUCUGCUGUGAAGAGUGGUCAGAUACUAAUUGGUGACGUCCUUGUGGCUGUGAAUGAUGUUGAUGUAACCACUGAAAACAUAGAGAGAGUUCUGUCUUGUAUUCCUGGACCUAUGCAGGUAAAACUGACAUUUGAAAACGCAUAUGCUGUGAAAAAGGAGACAACCCAACCAAGAGAGAAAAAGGCACCAUCAAACACAAAUGACUUAGUCAAACUUCUAUGGGGAGAAGAGGAUGAAUGUGUCCAGCAGAACAUCCUAGACACUCCUCAUGUUAUUAUGUAUCUUACACUACAACUUGACUCAGAAACAUUGAAAGAAGAGCAGGAAAUUCUUUAUCAUUAUCCAAGGUCUGAAGCUUCUCAGAAACUUAAAAGUGUGAGAGGGAUUUUUCUUACACUUUGUGACAUGCUGGAAAAUGUAACUGGGACACAAGUUACUAGUUCAUCUCUCCUUUUAAAUGGGAAACAAGUUCAUGUGGCUUAUUGGAAGGAAUCUGACAAGUUAUUAUUAAUUGGCCUGCCUACCGAAGAAGUUCCUCUGCCUCGGCUAAGGAAUAUGAUAAAAGAUGUUGCCCAAACCUUAAAAUUUAUGUAUGGUUCUUUAGAUAGUGCCUUUUGCCAGGUUGAGAACGUUCCUCGUUUGGAUCAUUUUUUUAACUUGUUCUUUCGAAGAGCAUUUCAGCCUGCUAACCUACAUUGCAGCAGCAGUCUCAGUGCUCAGCAGUAUGACGCUUCCAGUGCAGUACUUUUAGACAAUCUCCCUGGAGUUCGGUGGCUCACACUUCCACCAGAAAUCAAGGUGGAAUUAGACACAACAUUAAGUGACUUGGAGGCUGCAGAUUUUGCAGAACUGUCUGAAGAUUAUUAUGACAUGAGGCGACUGUAUACAAUUGUGGGGUCUUCUUUAUUUUACAAGGGUUAUUUGAUAUGCAGCCAUUUGCCUAAGGAUGAUCUCAUUGAUAUUGCUGUAUACUGUCGCCACUAUUGCUUGAUGCCUUUAGCAGCAAAACAAAGAAUCGGUCAGUUGAUAAUAUGGCGAGAAGUGUUUCCUCAAUACCACCUCCAACCUUCUGCAGACUCAGACACUGAAGUCUUUCAGGAACCUGAAGGCAGAUAUUUUUUGUUAAUUGUUGGAUUGAGACAUUAUAUGUUAUGUGUACUGUUAGAAGCUGGAGGCUGUGCAUCCAAAGCUAUUGGGAAUCCUGGACCAGACUGUAUAUACGUGGAUCAGGUCAAAACAACUCUUUAUCAGCUGGAAAAAGUAGUUUCUCGCAUAGAUGAAAGGCUAGCAUCUUCUCCAAACCCCUGUUUGUCUUGUGCUGACUGGUUCCUUGCUGGAUCACAUGAAAAAAUAGAUAAUUUGACCACUUCACCUGUUCUCAGUAGGCUACCAGGUACUUCUAAAGUAGCAACCUCCCCUACAUGCAGAAGAACCCUUUUUGGUGACUAUUCCUUAAGGACACGUAAGCCCAGUCCUUCCCGAAGCAUUGGAGGAUCUGACAAUGGUUGUGAAGGCGGAGAAAGUAUUGGCCUUACCCUCCAUACCACACCUGAUACAGUACGGAAGCAAAGAGAAUCUCAGAGCUCUGAUGGUUCAGAAGUCACUAAAAAGAAGUCUACUUUUCCAAAUCCAUUUCAUUUGGGAAACUUGAAAAAGGACCUUCCAGAAAAAGAACUGGAAAUACAUAGCACAAUGAAAUUGACAUCUGGUCCUGAGAACACACUUUUCCACUAUGUUGCCUUGGAAACAGUGCAAGGAAUCUUUAUUACUCCUACCCAUGAAGAGGUGGCACAGCUAAGUGGCUCUAUUCACCCUCAGCUAAUAAAGAAUUUCCAUCAAUGUUGUCUUUCCAUUCGCACAAUUUUCCAGCAGACAGUUAUAGAAGAGAAAAAGAAAGCACUUAAUGGUGGACACCAUUCAGAUUCAACAAAUUCUUUUAGCUAUGUGAAAGAACAUGGUGUGUUGUUUGAAUGCUCACCUGAAAACUGGACUGAUCAGAAAAAAGCACCACCAGUUAUGGCUUACUGGGUAGUAGGGAGACUUUUUCUUCAUCCAAAACCUCAAGAGCUUUAUGUCUGUUUUCAUGACUCUGUAACAGAAAUUGCCAUUGAAAUGGCUUUUAAAUUAUUCUUUGGGUUAACCUUGUAGCUGUGUUUUCUUGAAGCACAGAAACACAUGCAUAGAACAUAAAUCAAAUUGCUGUUGGAAUUAUUAGAAUUGCCAAGAUCAAAACACAAAGAAAUAAGAAUUAGCUUUCUUUUCACCUUUCAGUAUUGAACAUAAUAAUAUUGUUAAAUACAUGUAUUGAGAUGAAUUGUGGUGGAAUUAAAUCAUAAUGUAGUAUCAUUAGACUUUUGAGAAGAUACUUGAUCAAAAUAUGAAAGAGGAUUCUUAACUUAUAGCUAUUUUGCUGUAUAGUGUUAAUUUAUUGACUAGUUUGAAAUAAUAAGUGUUUAUGUAAAAUCGAUAUAGGAAGUGUUUAUUUUGGAAAAAUACCCAAUUUAUUGUUCAUUUUUCUCAAAACUAAUACUGAUAUCUUGUGAAGGAAUCAUGAUGUUGGGAAGAAGUAUCCAGGUUCUGUAACUAAUUAGUGUUGUGACCAUGAGCAAGUUUUAUACCUCUGCGAGCUCAGAGUUUUCAUGUACAAAUGAGAUGAUAGCAUUGAAGUUUCAAAAAUCCCUCUUAAAUAAAAUGUACUACUUUUUUUUCCUCUUGCCCAUUGGUCAAUACCUAAAUUUAUAAUGUCCAAGUACUGAUUCCUUAUUGAUCAAAUACUUUUCAGUAGUUUAAGUACAGAGUGGCCAUAAAUUUUUUGCACACUAUUUUAAAUUACACGCGAACUUUAUGGUCACCCUACAUUUUACUAUAUACCUCGCUGUGGAGAAAGAGGAAAAAUGAAAAUUAAACUUAUUUUUUAUUUAUUUGAUUCUAUUUACUGUUUUGGAUAAACUCGGUUUUGACUAGGAUAUAUUUUUUAAAUUAUUUAUCUGCAAAUUUUCAUUUUUGUUAAAAUAUAUUCAGGGAUACUAUAUGCACGUUUUAUACAGUUUGUGAAUUUCAGGAAAGUUGUACAUAAAUCUUUUUUUAAAAAACCAAAUCACGUUAAAAACACUGAAUAAGGUUGGCUAAAGAAAUCCUAUGGUAACUUCUUUUGUAAAAUACAAAUUUUUGUCUUACAAGUAUGUAUCAUUAUGUAAUAGAUUUUCUCAAAGGGGGGACACUUCAGUAAACAAUAGUUUACUUGACCUUUAGUUGGAAAAGUAAAGUAGUAGCAUGAGAAUUUUCUUUGACUGAGAGAAUCUGGUAGAUUGAGAGAAAGGAACAACAUAACUACUGCAUUUUUAAUUGACAUUUACCAGUUGAUCUUCCUGAAGGUUUAGUGCCCCCAACACUUGACAAUACUGUUCUUCUUUUGGACUUAAUUUUUGGAAGACCAGUUAUACCAGCACAUCUAAAAUCAGUCUGUACUUUUUCCUGCUUCAAAUGUGAGCCAUUUGGCUUCGUUAGAACUAACUACAAAACAUAGCUGGGGCACCAUUUGAGUCAUUUGGUCUUAAAAGAAACACUUUUAUCACUCUGUAUUUAGUUUGGGAGAUUUUCACUUACACAUUUCAGACACAAACCACAACAUAUUUGUCCCAUUAGUGAUUAGUGGGCCUUAACUUUGGCAUUUACAUUAGGAUAAUAAACCUUGGUUCUUGAAAUGUUGUAGAAAAUAGCAUGAAAUAUCCUCCCCUUAAAAAAUCACAAUAUUGAGUCAAAUGAUAGACUCUUAGCCACUGUCUGAUGGCUGCUUAUGUACAUAUAUGUAUUAGGGCAUUUUGUUUAAAAUCAUUUAUUAAAUGUCUUAAGUUUCUGGAUAUAUCCCCCAUAAUACCAUGAGCUACUUAUAAUACUGAUAAUUAUUAAUAAAUGCAGUUAUUGAUUACUGCAGGUUUUCAGACAGACUUAACUAGGGCUUAGGGUUUUAUCAUUGGAGACUUUUUGUUUCAUCUUUUGAAAUUGUGAUCUGUUGAACUGCUUUCCUGAUGUCAAAGAAUCAUGAGGCCAUCACUCAACAAUGGAAAUAAAAGGCAAAACAUACUGCUGAUGUUAAUCAAAGGAAAAUCAUUUGCUGUAUUGUAGAUGUGCACUAUAACUUCCAUGUUGUAGAAGCCCUGUAUUUUUAAGAAAUAAAACCAAACAUUAUCUUGUUUUUAAUCUCUAAAUAGAUAUUAAAGUAAGCAUUAUAAGUAAAUUUAGCUGCGAAUAUGUUCAGAUUCACAUCUGAAAUUAGAUCAAUCUGAUAAUUGGAUAAUAAAGUGCCUGUGACUUUUAUUAAAUAAAGAGGAACAAGGUAACAGUGCAAAUACUCACACAGGUACGCUUUAGUGGAUAUAGAAACAUUAAUUGAGAUUUAUUAGUAUUAUGCAAAUGUACCCUACCACCAAAGACUAUUAAUAACUGUAUAUAACUAGCAUUUUAAAAUAUCAAGUAUUGUCUUAUCAUCUUUUAGCCCCCCAAAUUGCAUUUUAGACUCUUUCUCGGUUUAUUUCUCCUUUUGUCUCUCUCCUUCCCCUUUCUUUAGCUCUUUUUUAUGUUUGUCAUGUCAGAGAAACUGUACUUAGCAAGGAAAUAUUUCUUAUUUGUGCCAAGGGACUAUUGAUGACAAUGCAUAAUAGCAAGAUAGUAAUUUUGCAGUGCCUACCUUUUUAAAAUAUUUCUGAUAUAAAUGGGCAAAGGUAUGGAACUAAUUUACUAGGUUUUUCUGCUUUGAACGUUAUUUGUUUUUUGUGUUAGUUGUCUCUAAAUAGUGGCUGGCACAUAUUAUGUGCUAUAAAAAGUUAGCUACUACUACUACCACCUAUUAUAUUAAAUAUCCAUUGGUUGAAAACCAAGGAGUCAGGUAAAUCAUACCUGCUACUAUACAAAAUGUAGGAAGGAUGAUGAGAAAAAUUCAUUAAUGAACAAGGAUUAUACUUUGGAUAUUUUUAAGUAUAUUAAAUGUUAUUAAAACUUUAUACAUCAAACUGUCUGAAAUAAUUUAAUUUUGCAGAGUUUAUUUCUAUGUUCUAUAUAAUUAAAACUAUUUUUAUACCAUGAGGUAGUUUUAAAUAAAAAUG